UUCAUAUAUAAGCACCGGUGAUAACUCACCAAACCAACUUACGGACACCUUCGGAGUCAUACAUAGUCGCAGCAAUGGUAGUUCAUAAUCCUAACAAUUGGCACUGGAUAGAUAAGAAUUGUCUUCCAUGGACUAAAGAAUAUCUUGAUAGAGAAAUAAAGGAUACAGUUAUUGAAAAUGAAGGAUAUAAAUUCACAGUUAUAUCUAUAGAUUCUGUUACUGGAGAUUGUGAUGUAACUCAAAGAAAGGGUAAGGUCUUGUGUAUAUAUGAUUUAGCCUUACAAUUUGGUAUAACAAUACAAGAUUCUGAACAAGAAACUUUUAAUGGAACUAUCUCACUUCCUGAAUUUGUUCAUGAUCAAGAUGAUGAUGAAUACAUAUUUGAAGUGACUUCUGAUAAUAAAGCUUCGGAAAUUAAAAAAUUCUUCCUUCCGGAAUUGAAGGUCAAGUUACAAAAGUUUCAAGGUGAUUUAAUUGAUGCUCAUGCUAAGGACGUUCAGCAUGCAUCAAAUUAGCAUAUAGUUAUUUAGUGUUAUAUUUAUAGUUAUAAUUAUAAUUAU